GAGAGUUUGGCAGCCAUUUCCAGAUCUAAUGGAGUAGUUGAGAGUUAGGGUUUAGAUCAGGAAAUCGCUAUUUUUCGCUGUCGUUUUCGUUGCCGUAUAGCGAUGAAUCGGAGUUUCAGGGCUGCAGAGUCGCAAAUGCAAGCGCCCGUACAGCAGCAGAGGCAAGGGAGGAGCCUUGGAGCUGUGAUGAAGGACAAGGAAGAGGAUCUUGCGUUGUUUCUCGAGAUGCGGAAGCGCGAGAAGGAGCGGAAUAGCUUGCUCCUCCUCCACACCUCUGAAGAUUUCGAUCCUUCUUUAGGGUUGAAACCAGGCGGUUCUCCCAUAUUCAAGAUAGUGUCAUCAACACCACGUAAAACUGCUUCUGAUGACUUCCUAAACUCCGACGGCGAGAAAAAUGAUUAUGAUUGGUAAUGUCACAGCAUCUCAUCUACUUAUUAAGGAAUGCUGAAAAACAUUGAUGAUAAGGAUUAUUUGGGCACACCACCAAGUUGUGGUUGGCAGGGCUUCCAAAGUGCAGCCAGUACAUUUGGUACUUGGGAAGAACCCAUCAAGCAUGUUAGCAUUUCCCACCCUUUCCUUCCC